AUGGAGAAGAAAAUCGAACCUACUGUUGAGCGUUAUGAGGAUGUUGAAGAUGGCAUCACAGAAGUCACGCAGCAGCCCGAUGCGAUGGGUACGGUCACUGUCGCCGACACCAAAGACAUGUUUCUGGUACCAUCGCCUAGUGCUGACCCAAGAGAUCCAUUGAACCUCCCAAAAUGGAGAAAGGUAGUCGUGAUCGUUCUGUUAUCUCUCUUCUCCAGUGUUGGUCUUUCGUUGGUGGCUGGAUUUGGCGGCCUGUUGAACUUUUACAUACCCACGUAUGCUGCUGCUGGUGCUUCUUACGGCGAUAUCACGGCCCUCAUGACAUAUCCCUCCAUGUUCAUGGGCAUAGGAAACCUCUUUCUCAUGCCGCUGGCAAUGGCGAUCGGUCGACGACCAGUUUACUUGUUCUCCUGCGUCCUUUUGGUCGUUGCAGCGGUUGGAGCGGCCUACGUCGAGACCUAUAAUCAUCAUCUGGCUGUUCGUAUGCUACUCGGGCUUGCUGCAGGGCAGAGUGAAGCCCUGGUGCCGAUGAUGAUCCAAGAGAUACACUUCCUUCACGAACGCUCGACGUUUCUGAUGUGGCAAUCUGCCAUACAGACCAUUGUCAGUGCCGUGCUGGUCAUCUUUGCGUCGCCGAUUGCAAGCAAAGUUGGACCUGGAAAGUGGUACAUUUUGGGUGGUGGCUUGGCAGCAACGAUCUUGGUUCUGUCAAUCUUCCUCGUGCCAGAGACCAAGUAUGAUCGCUCUCUCGCUGCGUAUGGGCAGAUUACGGAGGAAGACUUGUCCAAGCCAGCGACUACCGCAGCCCUGUUACCCGUGAGGAUGUCGGAGCGGCCGGCCAUGGACCUCUCCAGAUACAAGCCGAGAACCCUUCGAUCCGACAUGACGCUUUUCAAGAGCAAGCCAGACUGGUCAGAGGGAGCCUGGACAUUCAUCCAUACUUUCCAGAUCAUGUUAUUUCCCAACGUAUUUUGGGCCUUUUGCCUGAAUGGUCUGACAAUUGGCGUCAACAUCGCUCUGGGAACCACUUACGGGAAGAUUGUCGCUGCCGCUCCAUAUAGCUGGCCCGAGGGUAACGUCUCGUAUGUCAACGCUGGCCAGAUUGUUGUUGCCUUGGUCGCACUUCCUCUACUCGGCAACGGCUCCGACUAUGUCUUGAAGUAUAGAGCCAAGCGGAAUGGAGGUGUUCAUGAGCCGGAAAAUCGGCUAUUAGUGUUGGGGAUUCCCAUUACCGUCGGUGUGAUCUCUGCCGUGAUCUAUGGGCAAGCCGCGCAGCAUCCUGAGAACUACCACUGGUUUGCUAUCGUCUGGUCAUACUCGGGAUACUAUUUUGGAUUCCUUGGAGCAAACAUCGCUGCAGUCACAUACCUGCUGGACUCGUAUCCCGCGAGAGCUGCGCCAGUCCUUGUGGUGAUUACUGCAUUCCGAGGGUUUGUGAGCUUCGGUGCGAGCUAUGGUGUGUCCAAGUUCAUCGAGACUGACGGGUAUGACGGUUCUUUUGGCGCUUAUGCUGGAUUGACCGCCCUAUUUGGCUUGCUGGGGAUUCCUGUUUUCCUAUAUGGAAAGAGAAUCCGUCAGUUCACGGGUAGAUGGGCGACAAAGAAGACGCUUGGUAAACCCUCGAUGGCUCGUUGA